CUGUACGUCCGGGUUCAAACUCCGCUCUUGAGUUGGCAAACAAUAGUCUCAUGGCUAACCCCAGUCCAUCUGGAACGUUCCAGGCCGGAAUUUCGUACUUGUGCUAGUAGCAUUCCGAGAUAUCAGGGCUAGCUGCAAAUGGUCAGGGAAAUUAUGUGCCGGUGAUAGCGAGUGGUAGCCGAAAUCCGUGCCUCCACAUUCGAUCUACGAGUCGCUAUAUCAGUAUAUGUAUGAAACGCAGUCAUCUACUUCAGUCUGUUAGUGUUACAUUAGAGCUCAUCGAAUCAUUCGAAGAGGUCAGUUGAUUACAUCAAGUCUCCACACCAGUAGCAGCAGCAUUUUGUCGUUCUGCUGUACUAAAUGUGUUCUAUUCACUUUCGAAGAGUUGUUCAGCCAGUCGCUGCACUAACAUUAUUGUCCUCUAGAGGAAGGAAGUUUACCUCACCCUAGUGCUGCUCUAGCUCGUCGAAAAGUAGCGCUGGCAAUUUCUUCGUACGGGUGUAGGCACGAAUGAGUAAUUGGCGUUCGGGUGCAAGAUCGUCACUUUCCGAUUCUCGGAAUCAUGAAAAGCUCAUCACCUUUGGAACAAACGUCGCCCUGCCUGGGCUUUGCACCAACAGCCAACCUGGAAGAAUGGACAGAUCACGAAAAGGCUGAAAGUUGUCUCUCUCCUCGUCCUGAUCCCAUAGUUGAUGUGUCAGAGAAAGGGGAAAGCCCUAAAGUCUCGUUUGCGGAGCCUGACGAUGUUGGUAGUGCGUCAUUGGAUGAUGAUAAAAGGUCUUACCAGGAUUCUAGUGACAGUCCAACGCCACCAGAAGAAGCAUCAACAACUCAAGCAGAGGCAACUGCAAAAGCUGAUGGCAGCAAAUCCCAGUCAUUCAAGCGUCGCAAGAGUGUACAGCAACUAAUCACAGGUUUUGACAUGCUCAGAUCAUGCCUUGGCGUCUAUCCACCUGAUCGGCAUGUAAGCAAGAUUGAGACCCUGCGCAUGGCAAUGGCAUACAUACGAGAUUUGGAGAAGCUGCUCCGAGAGUCUGAGCAAGCGGAAUCAGCAGCAAGACCAGCUUCUCUCUACACUUCAUGUUUUGCUCACCAGGGUCUUGGGGCUUUCCCAGGAAACCCGCCAUGUCCUCAUUAUCUAUAUUCAACUCAGAAUAUGCCAUUACCGUUGCCUGAACCAGUGGAAGUCGCCUUAGAGAGGCAUGCAGUUACUGCAGGUACAUCGAGAAUCCUUCAGCAACCCUCAGCAUCCGCCACUACAUCACUCUCAGAUGCCGGUCGUGAUCCAGCUUUUCUCUUCCCAUUUCGGAGAAACAUGGUUCCGGGAUCCUUUCUCAAUCCACCACUUCCACAACAUUAUCAGUCAUUGCAAGCAUUGUGUGGCGUGGCAAACAGCAGAAGACAAUUGCCAUAUUGUGGAAUGAUUUCAUCAACUUCUGCUCCCAGUAACCUGUGUGGCAUUGCCACUGGGAAAAGUUCCGUUGCGGAUGUAGGAACGUCAGCACUGCCUGAUAUCAACAUAGAACUUUUAGAUGAUCUUCUUGACCUUGAUAUGUCAACGUUCAGCUCUACGGGUACAUUGCCUAGCAGCAGACCUGGACCUACCUGUAUCAAAUCUCCAUCUCCACUAGUAUCACCAAGUAGCUCUGUGUCAUUGCCUACCACAGCCAUGACGAUGUCCUCCCAGAGCUCUCCCCGGCUACCCUGGCAGCAGCAUCAGCAGCAGCAGCCUCAGCAUGGAAUUGCGGCACUGAUAGCACCAAAAGAAAGUGUUUCAGCUGGAGCUACUGCAUCAGCCAUGGCAGAACGAGCACAUGACGGAGAUCUGGGUGAUGACAACAUGGAGACACUGUGUAAUAUCAUGGAAGAAGCCAAGGAAACCAAUGUUCUCGAGACCUUUGAAAAUCUAAUAUCAAAAUCUCCAAAAUCAACUAUAUGAAAUGGCCAGUGGCUCCGACCCAAGACAAGACUUGAGAGCUGAGAUAAUAUGUUCAACCUUGCAAACUGACUUGUGAUUACGUAGGUGAUAGUGUCGUGGGCAUGAUUAUCAUGUUCACAAGUGGCAGAAAUUAUUACACUACCACAUCUUUGGUGAAAUUCUUUACGAAGCAGCAGUGGCUUGAGCUGAUGUAUAAUGUAUAGCAUUUGAACUUACUACUAUAUCCAGUGACCAUCGUCGCUACCACUGUGUUCAGCUAGCACUGCAUGAGAUUGCUUGAGAAAAAGAUUAAAAGAAAUAUUCGAGUGUGAUUUGUUUGUAUUCGGUAGAGAUGAGGUAUUUUACGAUGGCUCAGUCCUCAAGUAUUCGAGUCAUUUGGUUUGUUUGACAGUAUGGCCAGAAAGGUAUUCUGAGCAGAGUUCUUUAAUUACUAUUAAUAUUUUUGUGGGAGCGAGAAAACGUAUUCGUCAUUUA